CGUAACUCGUCACAUUCAAUUAAGGAAGGUUUUUGUAAUGAACUAGAUCGUGAAAAGUGUUUCAUUUUAAAUCCAUCGAAGUAGUCGAUAUUACUCGGAAGUGCUCCUACUUGGUGUUUCGAUUCGCAAAUCGCUUCCUUGAAAUAAUUCUCUUCCAUGAUGAUUUCGUGUAAAUUGGUGUUUUUCAACGUGAUGGCUUUCGUCUACUCAAAACCUCUAGUACCAGUUGCACUAGACCCUUCAAACGUAUUACUCGCAGAACCAUCAGUCAGCAUAGCUCAUAUCCCUGCCCAUAUUGGAACAGCAAUUUCAAAAACCAUACAAUACGCUGAAACUCCAGCCAUUACUGGAUUCUCAUCAACUCUUUAUAAACCAGAUCUCAGUCCAUUUGGAGGUGGUCCAGUACCUUACCAUUAUACGUACCAAGACACUUUACUUCGUCCGACCAAGAUCAUAGUUCCAAAAAUAGCCAAAAUGGAGCCCGAUGUCGUCCACGUGCCUGUGAUACCUUCGAUUAAAGAUGUCGAAUUAGCUGCCCCCAUUUUCCCCAAGUUUCCAGCUAUUAACCAUGACCUUAUUCAGUACGCUCCGGUAGUGCCACCUUUGUAAAAAAAAAAAAUAAGUAGCUCAAAUUAUUUAUUUUAAGUUAGUACAUAUUUGUCGAAUAAAUUAUUUUUCGUGA